UGUCUAGAUGUUAUCUGCUUACAGACUCGCGGCCAAGACGCCGUUCGUGAGAACCUUGGCCACCAAGGCCAGCGGCUUGAACAGAGCCACCUUGUCCCUUAACAAGGGCCCAAUCUUCCACGGUUCCUCUUUUGGAGCACCGAUGAACGCCACUGGGGAGCUUGUCUUUACCACCUCGUUGGUCGGCUACCCAGAAUCGCUCACCGACCCCUCCUACACCGGCCAGAUCUUGUGCUUCACCCAGCCAUUGAUCGGUAACUACGGUGUGCCAGCGCAAACCAAGGACCAGUUCGGAUUGUACGACUACUUUGAGUCCGGCAAGGUCCAGGUUGCCGGUGUUGUGGUGGCCGAUGUUGCUCUCGAGUACUCCCAUUGGACCGCCGUGGAGUCCUUGCAGCAGUGGUUGACCCGCGAGAACAUCCCAGGUAUCACUGGGGUCGACACUCGCCAGUUGGUCACCUUGUUGCGUGAACAGGGCUCCACCCUCGCGCGUUUGUCUAUCGGUGAGGAGUACGAUGAGGUGGAGGACGCCGGUUUCGUGGACCCUUCCAAUAUCAACUUGGUGCACAAGGUGUCGACUAAAGAGCCAUACACCAUUGCCAACCCCGGUGCUAAAACCAAGAUCGCAGUCAUUGACUGCGGUGUCAAGCAGAACAUCCUCCGUUGUCUUUUGGAGCGUGGUGCCGAGGUCACCGUCUUCCCGUACAACUACCCAGUGGACAAAGUCAUCGACCAGUACGACGGGCUCUUCCUCUCCAACGGUCCGGGUGACCCUACCCACUGCACUGCCACCGUUAAGGUUUUGAAAAACAUUAUGGAAAACACGCCCAAUACCCCGAUCUUCGGGAUCUGUCUCGGGAACCAGCUUCUCGCCUUGGCCGCCGGCUUCAAGACCGUCAAGAUGCCGUACGGUAACCGUGCCCACAACAUCCCAACCCUCAACAUGCUCAACGGCGAGUGCAGCAUGACUUCCCAGAACCAUGGCUACGCCGUCAGCUCCAGUAACAUGGGUAAGGAAUGGCAGCAAUGGUUCAUUAACUUGAACGACGAGUCCAACGAGGGUAUCAAACACACCUCGCAGCCGUGGUACUCCGUCCAGUUCCAUCCGGAGGCCAUGUCCGGUCCUGAAGACACCGUUGGCUUGUUCGACUUGUUCUUGGACGACUCUGUCAAGUUCAAGGCGGCCAAGGCCUAGCCCUGCGUCCAUCUAUCUACAUGUAUAUUAUUUCAAGCUAAGCAAGUGUAGGUUUUGAUCAUAAGCUAUAUUUGAGAUGACGGGAAGUAGCUGUUACUCGCAAUAUCCAAGGUAG